CUCGUGCGCCUGCGCUUCCCAUCCGGCUUGGUGGGGGAGUUGCGGGGGGAGGGGUUGUGGGGGGCAACCUAGUUGGUGGUCCUCACUAUGAGCGUAACAUUCGGCUGUAGUAGGGCUUGGGGAUGCUGCUAAUGGAGCUGCAUCCAGCAGAAACAUGGGAUUAGAUUCACUGGAGACCUCACUAGACAGUUACUGGCAGCCAGGACUCAGGAACAAAGGACAUGGACGUGGGAAAUCUGUAACAAUUCGUUCUCAGUAAGUUCCAUUCUCACUUAACCAGCAGCUAUGAAAAAGAGCAUUUGUCACUCACUCAAAACCCAGCAUCACCCACUACUUCUUCGAAGACCCUUACCUCCAAAGCUCCCUAAAUUACCUUUAUUAAAGAAGAAAGUUCGUAUAGAUCAUACAGUUAAAACUAGAGAAGUGGAGGAGGAGACCCGUGAACAGCUCAAUCAUGAUGGUGAUGAAAGUGCUUUAGUGAAAAUCGAUCAAAGUGUUUCUCAGUCACAAAGACCUGCCAGCACUCAAACCAUCUUCCUUGAUUACAACCUUACGACACAGGAAAGAGUGGUUACCAUUUUCCAAAAGCCACGCCGUGUCCUCCGCCUUCAUUGGAAGGUCCCAAAGAGUGCUGCUGGUUCCAUGCUCAUUCCAAGAUGUCCGUUGGCGUCUUCCCGAGUUUUUAAGAAUAUGCAACAGCAAAUGAAAAGAGUCAGAAAGUCCUUGAAAAAGGAAGGCAAAGAAGACGAGGGUCUCACUAAAAAGCCAUUUGGCAACACUUUAGUUCUUUCCAAGGAGUUUUCCAAACCUUUACCUGCUUCUUACUCUAGGUUCAUAACUUCUAGGUUUAAGCCAUCAGGUCCCCAGUUUCGCCCUGCACCAAAGAUUUUGGACUAUGGUCAACAGCUUCUUCGUCUCAGAGAUGUCAAGGAAACAGCGCUCAGCCCUGUAUCUAGCCUUUCGUCCUCAGUACCAGAACCAAAGUGGUCUGAGCGACCACACCCUACGGCAGCCCUAAGUAAAGUGGUACUGAACACCGGUUCACUCCCACCAGCCCGUUCUCUGCCAACGCCUGUUUUGCCAAGAAAACCUCCAAGACAGGCUGUGAUAGAAAAUGCUGUGGCAGUGAGUGGGAAGACAGACGUGCACAAACCACCUGAGGCUGUUCAGAAAACUGCAAGAACAAUAGACCCAAGUGCCCAUGUCUUACGAGGGGAAGGCUUUAAAACUGUUGCAACAACACGCUCUGACACAAUACUGGCGAUGACCACCCUGGCCAUAAUAAAUUGCCAAAUAUAUGGAAGAAAUGCACUGAAUCUUAAGGGGUUCUUUCUAAUGCAGUGUCCAGACUUAUCGUCUGUGGCUUAUCAAUUGGUAUACCUCAAUCUAUCAUUUAACGACCUCAACCAAUUUCCUAUAGAAAUACUUUAUCUGCACAACCUACAAGUACUGAAAAUGAGGAAUAAUCCUAUCAGAGAAAUUCCUACUGAAAUCCACCUAUUGACGUACCUUAGGAUUUUCUCCAUUGCCUUUAAUUAUAUUGCAGAGCUUCCUGCUGGGUUAUUUUGCCUGAAUUAUCUUGAGGAGCUUGAUAUUUCCUACAAUGAAAUUGAAGCUAUUCCAAAUGAAAUCCAGAAACUCAGAUCACUUGAAAAGCUGAUAGUUGAUGGGAAUCCCAUAACAUCUUUUCCACCUGGGAUUUUGAAGCUUAACUUGGUCAAACUCCAACUUGAAAAUACAUUCACUGUCCCUCAGUUUUGGUUGGAGAAUUCCUGGAAUGACCCCCCACAACUUACUCAAAUUUGUUCUUUGUUCAUUGUUAAAAAUAAUCUACAUAAAGUAUUUGACUACAUCCCAAUAGCAGUUCAAAAGCAUCUUAGAAGCACAUCUGACUGUGAUUGGUGCCAUGGCCCGAGGUUUGGCAAAGGCUUCCGCAUCAUCCGAUCCUGUGAUAUCUUUGGAGUGCCACGCGUCCCUAUUAUGUUCCGUGUCUGUUCUCUUCCCUGCUAUCUGGAGAUCAAGGAAAGCAACUUUCUUUUAGAAGGCUUUCCUAGUAGAAAAAUAGCUCUACGUAUGGACUGGGUAAAAGAGAGCAAAGUCAGCACCCUCUCAUUCUACGUGUAAAACCCACAAAUAUUCAUGUGUAAGUAAUCCACCUCUUAGAGCACGGGUUCUGCAUGGAGACCCAUGGGUCUUCUCUGCCGAGUUCUCUCUGUGAUCACCCUCCUCGUGAAAGCCUGAUUGUUAGAAGUCAGUGCUGAGCUCUGAUUCAAGGAGUAGGAAAGGGCCUUUGGAGUGCAGUGGGGAUCUUGAGAAGUUCCUGGAGAACGUGUUUACAGUAAAGGGGGGAGAAAAAAAGGUUCAAAACAUUUGCCAAAAGAACCGCAUCUUUUUUUUUUUAAUGGUGAAAAAAGAAAGUGUAUAUUUAGAAUUAGCCAUCUGGACUCAGUUUAGGUGACCCCAAUCUCUUUGGAAACAUCUAGAGCAUCAUAAUCAGGAGUCAAGCGAACGUAUGCCUUCCUCUCUCUGUCAGGCCUUAUCAAGGUAUUGACUUUGGCCACAUCAAUGUCAUAGAGUUCCUUCACAGCCUGUUUGAUCUGGCGCUUGUUGGCCUUGACAUCCACAAUGAACACAAGCGUGUUGGUAUCCUCUAUUUUCUUCAUGGCUGACUUGGUGGUCAGUGGGAAUUUGAUGAUAGCAUAGUGUGUGGGUCAAGCUUUGUUUCUCCUGGGAGCACUCUUUUGAGGAUAUUUUGGCUGCCUCCGGAGCCGCAGGGUCUUGGGCCACCGGAAGGUAGGUGAUCUUCUUUUUGUGGCUGUUGGUGCCUUUCAGCACUGCCUUCAUAGCUUUCAAGGCCUUCCCUUUGGCUUCGGCUUUGGGAGGGGCAGGAGCCUCUUUCUUCGCUUUCGGCUCCAUCUUGGUGAAAAAGGAAGAACUGCAUAGUAGUAGUACUUUGUCUUUUCAUGAAACUAUAUUCAAUAACAGACUAGCAGCUUGAAGCCAUUAUGGGGAGUUCUGUUGCACGAAGCAGCAAAGUUAUGUGUCCCGGAACUAAAUGUUAGCUUGUGCACCCUCUUCAAUGCUAACCAGCUAGUUUUCUUCUGAGAAUAAAAGAUUAAUUGCAAACUGA